AUGUGGUGUAAGACUAAGGGCAAGAUCCUUUCCCAGGUUUACGUGGGGAAAGUUUUGAGAGAGUGCGAUCACAAAUGUAAUUCUGCAUUGUUGGCCUUGGCAGAGUUAUACGAAGAUGAAGCUAAAAGGCAGUCAUUGUGUCCUGACAAACAAACACCUACAAAGAUCAGUAACACAAAAGUAUCACAGAGUCUUAAAAUUGAUUCUCUUAGAAGGUUGAGAAAACCAGAGAGAAGCAUGAGCGAUGACAAAGAAAACCAAAGAUUUUAUUCAGGUGACUCGGAAUAUAGAGGAUUACAGAUUUCUGGGGCUUCUAAUAAUCCGAGUAAAAUUGUUGCUGAACUCUUCAAGGAAGCAAAAGAACAUGGGGCUGUCCCAUUAGAUGAAACUUCAAGAGCAUCUGGUGAUUUCAAUAAAGCUAAGUCAUUUUCUGGUGGUGGAUAUAGAUUGGGUGACUCAUCACAAAAACAUUCUGAAUACAUAUACGGAGAAAAUCAAGAUGUUCAAAUUUUGCUGAAACUAUGGAGAAAUGGCUUCAGUUUAGAUGAUGGCGAGUUGAGAUCAUAUUCGGACCCAACAAAUGCUCAGUUUCUUGAGUCUGUUAAAAGAGGGGAAAUUCCUUUGGAACUGCAGCGACUUGUUCAUGGUGGCCAGGUUAAUUUGGAUAUGGAAGACCACCAAGAACAGGAAUACGUGAAGCCUAGACUGCGAUUCAAAGCUUUCAGUGGUGAAGGGCAAAAACUUGGAAGCCUUACACCUGAAAUAGUCAGCACACCUUCUUCCCCAGAGGAGGAGGAGAAAUCCAUUCUUAACGCGCCUGUUCUGAUUGAUGAUUCCAUGCCAGCAACUAAAAUUCAAAUUAGAUUAGCAGAUGGAAGCCGAUUAAUACAAAGAUUCAAUCAAACACACAGGAUUAAGGAUAUUCGAGAUUUCAUUAUCCAGUCCCGUCCAGCGUUUGCAACAACUGAUUUUGUUCUUGUGACUACCUUUCCAAAUAAAGAGCUAACAGAUGAAAACCUGACACUACAAGAAGCAGAUAUACUUAACACUGUGAUUCUUCAGCAAUUAAAGUAAUCUUACAGUUGUUGGUACAAUAUAGGAUGCGUGCUGUAUUGUCAUAUAUUGUGUUUCUAACAGGUGAAAAAAAGGGAAAGAUCUGUGUCUUUUUAAUUCCUCACUUCCACAGAUCAAAUUUUUGGGUUUCAUGUCUUUCAGUUCCAACAUAUAUAACUUCUUUCUUUUAAUUUCUCAACAUUGUUCAGCCUUUUCUUUAGUGUUAAAAUUAAGCUUCCCUAUGUUAGUAUGUUUCAAACCACAUCUGUACUAAAUGUGAAAUGAAGUAUGACUUUAUGACUCUUCAUUAUUUUGAGGGGGGUGGGGGGAGAAGCAUUUUUCUGAAGGGGACAGUCUUUCAUACAGUUGGUAAGAUUUGCACUAUGGAAAUGUUUUAUGCUGCAUUGACAAACAGCCAUUUGAAAAUUUAGCCUGUAGGUUAUGUUUACCUUCCAAGCUGUAUUAAUACUAAAGUGUUCUGUUUAAUAGGUUGACAGAUAGUUAAUGCCCUAAUGUUUUUGUAUAUUCUGAUUGUAGUGUUUCAUGGUGCAGUAUAAUAUUUAUAUUCUGGGUUUUAUGUACUUUUCCCUGUAUCAUUGUUCAUAUGAGUGAAUCAGCUCAGGAGAUGGAAACCUCAGUCAGCUAUUGCAGACUACAAUAGAUUGUUCUCAUUUGUAUUCUAGUUGUUGUUCUUGUGGUGAAAAUAAGUAUAUAUAUUUUUUUUUUCUUAUUGAAGUUAAGAGAAAUGGGAGAGACCACUGUCAUCUG